CAGAGCUCCAAAUGUUUGUGCGCGUCUAGUUCGACCCGUAUACCUGUAAAAUGAAACUACUCGUAAUAUUGACUGUGGUUUUUGGAUCAUUACUGGAAGAUGCAGAUUAUGAAAGCGAGCUAUUACCAACGGACGUCUACGAAAUCAUCGAAUUUCACCUUCAUGGUGAUCCUGUUGGAAACCCUGUCUCAACCGAUUUUAAAACUGAUCAAAACCUCAAGCUCAAGUGCCAACAAUACAACAAGAUCCCGACCGACGGUUCUACAAUAGCAGUAGGAUUUAUUAUGUAUGGAGAUAUAAUCUUGGAAAAGUUACCCCUAGACACUUGUACGACCGGAGUUGAAGGAAUAUACAUCAACACAAAGAAAAGAAAGACUUAUGAAGAUGCAACCAAAGAAUUUACACUCGUGUUUAAAAAGAAAGAUGGGAACUGCUUUGAAAUGGACAUUGGGUUUUGUUACAGUUUGAUUCUCAAAGAGCAAGCUACUAUUCGUCGUUAUGCUCCUAGUGGAGUCAAUUGUCCAAAUGAAUGGACUAGUGAAGCUGAAUUGGAAGCGCCUUAG